AUGAAGAAAGAGUUUAAUGAUCUCACAGCCAGAUACAACACACUUAGAGAACGGCUGUCCGUUUACGAAGCUCAGUCUUGUAAUAUCUCUGUGAAUGGCCGGUUAGCUUGUCGUGGAAAGCUGUAUUUAUUCAGCUCUGAUGAACUGAGCUGGUCGAGCAGUCGAGAUGUCUGUGUUUCAAAAGGAGCCGAUCUGGUGACCAUAACCAGCCAAUCAGAACAGGAUUUUCUGGUGUCUAAAAUUAGAGAGACGCACUGGAUUGGUCUCAAUGAUCUGGACACUGAAGGACACUGGGUUUGGGUGAAUAAACAAACUCUCAAUGACACCAGACUACAGUUCUGGUUCAGCGGGAAUCCCCAACAACCUAAUAACCGGAGAGAACAUGAUCCGUCUGGAGAGAAUUGUGUUGCUCUGGGAGAUGUGACAAGCAGCUUAGACUCUUGGUUUGAUGCUUCUUGUAAAACACAGAAAAAGUUUAUCUGUAAAAAGGAAUAUUAA